AUGAUUCCCUUUUUCUGUGGCUCUGCUGAGGGACACAUCUCUGUUGGUGGAUCAGCUCUCCAGGCUGGUAUGAGGCCUGAUAGAUCUGAGGGUUGUCCGACAGUGGCGGAUGGUUGGCAAAUGGGAAGGUCAUAUCAAGAUGGAAUAUUUGGGAGAUGUCAGCGAGUGCCAGUAAUAGACAUCUAUAAAUAUGACAUUUCACCCCCUGUUCUUCAGCGCCUAAGGAUCAUCCUGGAGAAGCUCUCACACAGAGGUUUUACCUGGCAAGAUGAUUAUACACAGCAUGUUAUUGGUCAGGAACUCUCAACCAUUCACAAAAUCCACAACAGACGCCCUGAUAUAUUUGCAUCUGAAGGAUCUGACACAGGCAGGACUUUGGGACAGAAUGCAGAUAAUCAAAGAAAUUAUGAUCUGGAAAAUGAUGUGAACUUGGCCAAGUCUCUUCAGCAAUAUCUUAAAUAUCUCGGUAUUCUCUCCCAGUCUGCAGCUACAAAUUUAUAUCCAAGGAAGACGAAUGACAAAGCUUCUGUCAAGAGCUACAUCUAUAACAAUCCUACCAGGUACUACAUGAUGCAAAAACCCAAAGAAAGAGCACCUCCUUUGGCUCAUGCAUCAACAUCCCAUCAACAGCAUGCUGAAAAUCUCCGUGGGAGGACCUUCAGCCAGCCUGAGCCAGACAAGUUCUCACCAGAGUCAGAAAUGGGGCUUGACCAAAAUACCCUGAUGGCUGCACUGCAUACGUACAUCACUCAGAACUUGUCAGCACAAAGCAAUGAUAAAACUUCUCACAGCAGGACUAAAGGCUCUCACAUUUAUGCUGAUAGAUUCUACUCUUCACAAGUCAGUCCUUUUGAUGGAACUUUUGCCGAAGGAAAAGCAGAAGAUUUGAAAAUGAAGAAGCUGUUCCAGCCAAGACCUGUGUCUGGAGUGCUGGGGCCAACCCCUGAAAUGCCGAAUCAUAAAUCUGCUUCCCAGGGUGAUCCAAAGGACCCUCUGAGUGUUGUGGAUGAGACACUUAUUAAGGAUGUAUUGAAGGACCUAGAGAAACACCAGGUGAAUGUGGAGAAUCUGAGCUCAACAGAACUGGAUGAGAUCGCUGAUACUAUUGCCAAUGCAAUUCAAACAGUUGGCAUUCAGGAAGAAAUGGAGGAGGGUGCUGGAAAAAACAAAGACAAAACAGAAGCACAAAUGAAAAAAGGAGGUGCUCAAGGAAGGGCAGAGAUUCACACUGGAUUAAUGGAAACUAGUGUUAACAUACCAGACAAUGGAGUGCAUGAAGCCAGUGCGAGAACUGAUAAAGAGGAGAACCCUGCAAAACUAGUUAACUUCUUGAAUGAGAAUGUAUUACCUGAAAAUAUGUCUAAAUACCUUAUACCUGAAGAAUCUACUAAGACAGAAACCAAGAAAUCUGAAAACACUGACUCUUCAUCCUCAGAAGAAAUAAAUGCUGAUGUGGAAAAUGUAAAAAGUGAGACUUUCUCUAGGGAACUGACAGCUGCAAAGAACAGUGAAUCUGACUCCAAAGACCCGAGUGAGACCCGCUACUGGAUUAAGAACACUUUAAUGCAGGAUGGAAACUCCUAUGAAGAGCCUCAGAAAAAUAUGGGCCAAGGCUUACAACUUGAAGUGAAGUCUUCUGAGGAGAAAGAAUAUGGUUAUAUUGUGACAGUGAAAGACCCCCUGAGUGUGGAGAAGGGCUUGGAGUUAAUAAAGGAAGUGGCAGAUCUCCUGAAGCUGCAGAUGAGUGUCUUCGAUGAUGUCAACGUGCUGGGACCAGCUGUGACCUUCAGAGUGCACUCAAACCUCCAAAACAUUUCAACUGCAGAUGUUGCCAAAGCAGCAGCCAUAAACAAAGAGAAGCUUGAAAAAACAACUGGACUGAAAAUUCUGCAGACUGGUGUGGGGGAGAAAAGCAACGUCCCGCCGCUCCCGCAGCGCGGGGAAGAGGCAGAGUCCGCCAAAUUCCUCCUCCUCACCCUCCUCUCCCUCGCCUGCAUCGCCGGGGUCCUGGCGGCGUCGGGGGUCGCCUACUGCCUCCGCCACCGCGCCCACCACCGCCUGAAGGAGAAGCUCUCGGCCCUGGGGGCCGACGCCGGUUCCGACGCCCCCGCUGCUUAUCAGGAGCUAUGUCGUCAGCGCAUGGCAGUGAAAACAUCUGAUCGCCCGGAGCCCCUGCAUGCUUCUCGAAUAAAUAGCGUUUCUUCACAAUUUAGCGAUGGGCCCAUUCCCAGCCCCUCGGCCCGGAGCAGCACAUCGUCCUGGUGUGAGGAGCCAGUCCAGUCCAACAUGGACAUCUCCACCGGUCACAUGAUCUUGUCCUACAUGGAAGAUCAUCUGAAAAACAAGAAUCGUCUGGAGAAAGAGUGGGAGGCUCUGUGUGCUUAUCAGGCUGAACCCAAUGCCACCACCAUUGCACAGCAGGAGGAAAAUAUCCAGAAGAAUCGCUCACGGGCUGUAGUACCAUAUGAUCAUUCCAGGAUAUGUCUGAAAGCUGAAAAUAGCCACGACAAUUCAGACUACAUCAAUGCUAGCCCAAUUAUGGACCAUGACCCCCGAAACCCUGCAUAUAUUGCCACCCAGGGCCCUCUCCCUGCUACUGUCGCUGACUUCUGGCAGAUGGUCUGGGAGAACGGCUGUGUCGUUAUUGUCAUGCUGACACCCCUCGCGGAAAACGGAGUCAAACAGUGCUACCACUAUUGGCCAGACGAAGGGUCAAACCUCUACCACAUCUAUGAGGUAAACCUUGUCUCUGAGCACAUCUGGUGCGAGGAUUUCCUCGUGAGGAGCUUCUACCUGAAGAACCUGCAGACGAACGAGACCCGCACGGUGACGCAGUUCCACUUCCUCAGCUGGAACGAUCAGAGGGUUCCUGCUUCCACAAGAUCACUUCUGGAUUUCCGCAGAAAAGUAAACAAGUGCUACAGGGGUCGCUCUUGUCCAGUAGUUGUUCAUUGCAGCGAUGGUGCGGGAAGAAGUGGAACCUACAUUCUAAUUGACAUGGUUCUCAAUAAAAUGGCCAAAGGUGCUAAAGAGAUUGAUAUUGCUGCUACCCUGGAGCACUUGAGGGACCAGAGACCAGGCAUGGUCCAGACAAAGGAGCAGUUUGAGUUUGCUUUGACAGCGGUUGCAGAGGAAGUGAAUGCAAUACUCAAGGCACUUCCCCAGUGAGCGGCUCAGUCUCCCGAAGGUUCCCGCAGGAUCCGUCCCUCAUUUUCCUCGUCCUCAGUCCCUGUGAAUGUUCUUGGAAACCGUGACCUGACCUUAACUGUGCAUCUUCUGUUGUAACCACAUAGUGAUAGGGUCCUUACAAACUCCGUUAGCUGGUAAAAGUUCAACAGUUUAAAUGUGUAUUCUGUUUUUUGGGGUUUUAAACAAAUUUUUAAAAGUACGUUGAAGCCUCGGAUUAAGUGACAGAACAAUCCAUCUAAUUCCUUUCACAUCCUCGAAGCCCUGAAUGUCACACUUUGAAAGCACACAUUCAUGUUCUUAAUAGCAAAUAUACAGUAUUGUGGGUAAUUAGUGCAGUCAAUAUAGUCUCAGAAAACAGUGUUCCGCUAUAUUUUUGUAACUUCCACAAGGCUGAAGAAGGGGUGGGGGGUGCUGAAGAGGAUGGUGAUCCUUCCUAUGCAUUGCCAAGCAAGAGCAUGAAACAGUGCUGAGGGUGUGAGUAAAUGCAGGUCCAGGCUCUGGCAAAGAGAGCUUGCACCUUCUCGUGCUGGGCUUUGGCAAGCAAAUGCUUUCUUAACUGUUGUUUACUUUUCAGCUUUGUGCCAUGAAUGGAUGAAAAUCUGAACUAUAAGUAAAUAGGCCUGCACAGUUGUUGCAACUGGGGAGAACAAAUUGGUCACAUUAAUGGGAACCCGGGGGAUAACGAGCAUAACAACUCUGACCAUG